CCGACAACUGUACCAAAACAGCUGAGUGAGUGAGUGAGUGGAGUGGACCGAGCGUCUGCGUAAUGUUGUGUUGUGUUGUCUACAUUCACAUUGUCGUCAUUAGCGCUUAGAGUUCGCGCUUCCGUAUAAAUAUUUGUGUUACAUCGUUGUGUUGUGAUUUUGUGAAUGAAAACUAGUUUGUUAUUUAGUACUUAUAAGUUGCUCUUUUAACGCAGUGAUAAUGUGAGUUUUGUUUGCAAAUGUACUACUACUACACAUGGAUUUUAACUGAAAACAUAACCUCUAUAUGCUAAGGUGGAGGAGCUAGCGGCGGGAUGCCGGCCCUCAAGCUGUUCGGCCGCAAGUGGCUGGCAGCCACUGACGACAUGGUCUUCCCCUGCCUCUUCGAGCUCCUUGUCAGGGUUAUAUGGAUCAUCUUCAUGGGCUGCAUCACCAACCGCUACUACAACUACACGUUUGUUUGCUCGGCUGGUGGUGAAUGUGUCCGUGUCUACCUGAUAGGCAUGUUGGCCCUUCUCAGUCUCAACAUCAUACUACUGGUGGCCAUCAUCAAUCGGAGUGCUCAAGGAGGCAUCUGUGACAUCCAAGCCAGGCGAGCUGUGCCACCCUUGCUUGGUUGCAAGAUCUUGCUGCUGAUACCAGAGGCAGGGUGGAAUGGCCUUGGGACGGUGUGGGCCUUCACAUCAGUCAUACAGUGUCCUGCCGAAGACCACUUUGUCAAUACUGCUAUUGACGUGCUAGUGUGCCUGGACUGGCUGCUGUUUGCAUUGCUGGUGUUUGCCCUGGCGAUGGUCAUCGACCCCAUUGGCUCUGUCAAACUGAGAGCCUCCCAGCCAGACCUCAACUAUGACUCCCUCAAGAACCGCCAGGUGACCAGGACGUGGGUGAGGCGCUUCCGAUGGUUCUUCUGCUGGCUCAACCGUGACAAGGAGAGUGUAGAAGCAUUUGCUCAGGUCGCUGGACUGUUCAGUUCCUUGUUCCGAGACAGUGAUCUGGUGCCCUCAGAUCUGAUAGCAGGGUGUGUCUUGUUGAGGGUGAAGCAGAAGAGAGAGUCAAGAGAACAGUGGAGGCUGGAGUUGUUGGCAGAACAGCGACUCAAAUACAAGACAGAUCUGAGAGAAGUGUUCCGAGGGAGGCCGGGGUGGAUCAGUUUUGACAAUGCCAUUCACUACAUGAAGCUGGCCAUCGCCACCUACAGCUGUGCCUUUGUCAUGUAUCAACACUGCUGCACGGGCAUCUGUAGGCUCAUGAAACAUGCCAAGUGUUGCGCCUGCUUCAGGGCGAAGAGAGUGAUAGUGAAUGGGGACAACUGCUGCAUGUGCAGUAUGGCAGGUUUCAAGCACUUAUCAGAAGUCAGUGAGGACGAUUGUAUAUAUUGUAACUUCAAAAACAGAAUAUUCGAGGUUCCUUUUUGUGUCAUCUCUGACCACAAGACAAAGAGCAUAGUAGUGGCAGUCAGAGGCUCCAUAUCACUCAAAGAUGUGUUCACGGAUCUGGUGGCUGUUGCUGAGAAGAUAGACAUUGAAGGCUUACCUGAGGGCUCUAUGGCUCACAAAGGAAUGUUGAUAACAGCCAAAAAGUUGAAACAUCAUUUGGAUGAGACCAAAACUUUAGAGAAGGCUCUUUCUCUCUAUCCCAAUUAUGACUUGGUGUUCACUGGUCACAGUCUGGGAGCUGCAGCUGCUGUGUUGCUAGGGUUGCUGUACAGACCAACCUACCCUGAUCUCAGGGUCUACUCCUUCGCCACACCAUGUGUCCUGACGAAACCAGCUGCAGUUUACUGUGAGAGUUUUGUCUUCACUCUGGGAGUAGGAGAUGACUUUGCUAUGCGAGCAAGUGUGGACAAGAUUGAAACUUUGAGAACACAACUUUUUGAAGUCUUGCAAAAUUCAAGGCUUCCAAAAUACCGUGUGAUCGUGAACGGGUUUGGCUACGCCCUGUUUGGAGUUCCGUCCAGGCAUUUGAACACGACGUGGCGAGACAACCGUCCGGUUCCUCACCACUCGGUGCUGCUGCCGGCACCUAACGCUAUACCUUACAUGUUUGCGAUAACUGGCUCUCCAGAUCACCAUUUAACUGCAAGAGAAGUAGCCAACAGAAAAUGUUCCAAUGUUUCUCUUUACCCAGCUGGAAACAUACUGCACAUAGUCCACAGGAAGAAGAAUAAAGAGGAGAAGUCUAGUCUGUCUAGAUGGAUAUGCUGUAGAUGCCUUUUCUGCUGUUGUAAAAAGAAGAGGCCGGAAGACAAGACAUAUGAGAUGAGAUGGGUCAGUCCCGACUUCUUUGACGAGAUGAGAGUCAUGCCUCGGAUGCUGUUAGAUCAUCUCCCUGAGAAUGUAUAUAAAGUCCUCGAGACUAUCCAAGACGAGCAAGAGACUGAGAUCGGAGAAGAUGUACAAUAUAUUAUGUAACUGACUUAGCUUUAUCAGACUUUCAACAUUCCAUUGCAACACCGGUGUUCCUAACACCAACAGCUGCGUAUGACAGUUAGGUUCUUUUUUAUGAACUUUUGUCAUUUAAAAAUUUUAUGAAGAAAAGACUUGUGAUAAAGGUGGAAUCAUCAAUGACAAUGAAGCUGUGUAAUUAAUUUUUAUUAAUCAAACAGUCUUUAAAUUUUAUGUAAAUAUUUUUUUUUAGCUGAUUACAUGAGUAAGAAUUGUCAAUUUUAUAACAAUAGGUCUUAGUACCUACUUAUUUUUUAUUGUUGUAAAUGACUUUGGUUUUGCUAUGGUUGUUAUUCAAUUUCAUGCUAUUUAAUUUAUCAAGACUAUGUAUUACAUUUUUUAUCCUUGACUCUACAUGAGCAUUAAUUUGUUUUUAGCGACCCUUUUAUCAAAAUAAAAUACAAUUGGUUAUAUUUGUUGGCCAAUGUACUUAUUUUUACUAUUUUUUUAAUGUUAUAGUACUUAUGGUACCGGUAAUCAUAAAAUAUUUCAAAUAGUUAUCACAAAGAAAAUAAAAAUGAAUAUGACUUAAUCAGUAAUGACUUACCAAUGGCUGUUUAGUUAAUACCCAUUUAUGACAAUUUCUUGAAAAAUUUAUAAAUGUGUUAAAAAUAACAUUGUCCUACCUAAAUCAUUUUUUUAAAGACCUAAUAAUUAUUUUCCUAGACCAACUACUCAACAACAACAACAACAACAACAACGACUCAAGUAUUUGCAUUAUUAAUAAGCUGUUAAAGCAUUUAGAACUCAAACUAGAUACUUAUAUUUACCUCCAAUAAAUGUUUUGUAAGAACAUUGUAAAUAUAUUUUUUCAAUGAAAAUUUGUUCAGGUGUACAAGUUAAACAUAAUGUGUAAUAUAAUCCUAAUAAUGUUGAUUGUACAAGGCUAAAAUAAUGAAAAAUGGAUGUACCUAUGGAAAAUUACGUUAUCUUCGAUAUAUGUCUUAGCAAGACAAUUUUUUUUCAAAAAGGGACAAACAUAUCUCUUUGAUUAUAAAAUAAAAUUAUUAAUUCAUAAGGUUUUUCAAAAAAUUUAUUAUGAAUAUUUCCACAUAGGAAAUCUAAUUGUUGCUGGUUAUUUCACAUUUUGCUCAUGCAAUCAUCUAGAUAAUAAUUUCCAUGAUAUAUAUAUAUAUGUCUUUAUUAUUAUUUAGUAUUUCACAAAAUGAGACAGACCUAGGAGCUAGGAAACUUGUACAGUGUUUUUACCUUGUAAAGAAUACAUAUUUGCUCACAAGUUAUUGUAAAUGAAUAUUUUAUAAUCAGUUGAAUAAAAUAUAAUAAAUA